CAGCCUCCGCCUAUCAUGUACCGGGAGAUAAAGGGCAUCUACAAUUGGCUCGCGUCGUUCGCGAUCAGUGGCACGCGGGCGCUGAGCGCUUCCAGACCGAUACGGGCGUUACAGUGCAGCAGACGGUACCGGAGCUGUUCCGUUUCCGGGCUAGACGCGACAAUGGUAAAGACUGGCUCGGGUGGUGGUUCAUCGGCCGCCUCCGGCCGGGUAGUGUUAAGCCGAAAGACCCACACCGGGAUCGAUCCGGUGGUGGAGGAGUUGCGACGUGUGCGGGAGGAAAAUGCACGCCACCAACAGUACGACUAUUCGCACGUGUUCAGGAAAAAAUCGCUGCUCGACUUUGUCCGGCUGUCGUUCGUUAUCAUGGGCAUCGAGAUUGUCUACUCAGCUGAGACGGCCUUCGUGACACCGAUUCUGCUGGGCAUCGGCAUCGAACAUCAGCUGAUGACGAUCGUCUGGGGAAUUUCACCGCUCAUCGGCUUCAUCGUGUCACCGUUUCUUGGCACGUUCAGCGACCGGAGCCGGUCCCGACUGGGUCGACGCCGGCCUCUGCUGCUGGUGCUCGGGAUGGGACUCGUACUAGGAUGCCUGUUGUUGCCGUUUGGAGAAACGAUCGGGCACUGGCUAGGUGACAUAGGAGAGUCCGGAGAGCCUGUGAUAAACAACACAGUAACGAUCGAUCGAAACUACAACCCAUACCAGUCGUCUUCAUCAUCCGUAGCUACCACGGACCAUUACAAAUGGGCCAUAGUGGUGACUAUACUCGGCACGAUUCUGUUAGACUUUUGUGCGGAUUCUUCCCAAGCACCAUCUAUGGCCUAUCUGCUGGAUGUGAGUCUUCCGGAGGACCACGGACAAGCCUGCAGUACGUACUCACUACUGUCCGGUGUUGGUGGUUGCAUUGGCUAUCUUAUCGGGGCCAUCGAUUGGGAUGGUACGGUGCUCGGAGAGUUUCUUGGCGGAAAUAUUAACACUGUCUUCAUCCUGGUUACGGUGAUAUUCGCCCUCUGUCUUGGUGUAACUGUAUCAAGUUUUCGAGAAAUUCCACUUCCACUGAUGGAGCGCAAUGAGCUACUUCAACCAUUAACCGAACGCAUCAUAGCCAAGGAGCGAGAACGCUUCACCAGCCAAAAGAAUCUGCUUCCGAUGAAAGACAUUGCAGGCGAGCUCUUACUACAGCUCGACGGUGAACACGAUCCUCCGGAUGAGGAUCAUUCUUUUUCUCAUGAAGAUAAGAAACCUCUGCUGAAUGCUGAAUUUCUCGAGGAGGAGCCACAAAGCAGUAAACGAUCGGCAAAAGAGUUCCUGAAGACCACCUUCCGAAUACCAUCCACACUCGGCGUGCUCUGUGUGACGAAUCUGUUCUGCUGGAUGAGCCACAUCAGCUAUUCGCUGUACUUUACGGAUUUCGUUGGCGAGAACGUGUUCGGUGGUGACCCGAUGGCACAUUCUGACUCGGAUGAGUACGCACUGUACAUUGAAGGCGUCCGGUAUGGGUGUUUCGGAAUGGCCAUUUACUCCAUUGCGUGCUCCACGUACUCGUACACGAUCGAACGUAUGAUAAGGCUGUUUCGAGCGCGGACCGUAUACAGUGGUGGCUUGUUGAUUGAUUUUGUCGGCAUGCUGUGCAUGGCCAUGUUCCCCAACAAAGUGACGGUGUAUGUGUUCAGCGUUACUGGCGGCAUUGUUGGCGCACUGCUCUUCACAAUGCCGUACAUCAUAUUGGCGAAGUAUCAUGCAAAAGGAUUGCUCGAUUCGUGCAAUGAAACGAACCCAAUGCAACCACGGCGUGGGCUAGCGUCGGACAUUUCAAUCAUAGGCAGCAUGUUAUUUGUAGCACAAAUCAUUCUCUCCCUUUCGAUGGGUCCACUGGUAACGCUAACCGGUACGACGGCAUCAGUCAUUUACACGGCCAGCGUAUGCAGUCUCCUGGCGUCGAUAUGUGCCACCCAGGUCCAGUAUCUGGAUCUGUAGUGCGGUGGGUGCUAUUACCGUGCAUUUAAGUUUGUAAGCCACGCAAUGUGAUACUUGGGGUAGCGAAGCGAUGUUCGGAUAAGGCUAGCAAUAAUAACCGAUAGACUAUUAUACUAAUGACAAGUUUAAUGUGCAUAAUGUAAUAAAAUGAAGUGAGAAGAGUAGAAAUCUA